AUAUAUAAUGAGAGAACAGAACUCAGACAUAGAAGACCAGAACAUCAGAGACCACAACAUCAGAGACCAGAACAUCAGAGAAUAUCUCAGACAAUACAAUCUUCAGCAUCUCAACCAUCUCUGAACCAUGAAGACCCUGACUGCUCUACUCCUCCUGGGACUGCUCUGCUCCCUGCAUACGACUUCUGCAGGUGUCAUUAAGUUGGAAAUGGCACCUGAAUGCUGUAUGACAUUCAGCGCGAGGAUCCCUCUUCAACAAGUGGUAUCUCUCAGAGCAACCUCCAGUAGCUGCCCUCGCAGAGCACUGCUUUUCACCACAAAGAAAGGGAAGACAUUUUGUGUUGACCCUUCUGAAGCCUGGGUCCAGAGUCAUGUGACCAAGAUUGAGAGCAGAACCCAAUGAUGUCAUCAACCACCAUCACCCCCUAACACCCCAACCCCUUGUUGGUGCACUAAUAAGGGAAUAGGUUGCCAUUAGUGACGCAGACCUUGUCAUGCAUGUCUAUACCCUAUCUGAGAUUAUAGAGGAGGUUCAAUGUAAUGUACUAGGUUAAUACCCUAUCUGAGAUUGGUAUGGAUUAGGUUCAAUGUAAUGUACUAGGUUAAUAUCCUAACUGAGAUUAUAGAGGAGGUUCAAUGUAAUGUACUGGGUUAAUAUCCUAUCUGAGAUUGGUAUGGAUUAGGUUCAAUGUAAUGUACUAGGUUAAUAUCCUAUCUGAGAUUAUAGAGGAGGUUCAAUGUAAUGUACUAGGUUAAUAUCCUAUCUGAGAUUGGUAUGGAUUAGGUUCAAUAUAAUGUACUGGGUUAAUACCCUAUCUGAGAUUGGUAUAGAUUAGGUUCAAUGUAAUGUACUAUCUUAAUACCCUAUCUGAGAUUGGUAUAUAUUGGGUUCAAUGUAAUGUACUAGGUCAAUAUCCUAUCUGAGAUUAUAGAGGAGUUUCAAUGUAAUGUACUAGGUUAAUAUCCUAUCUGAGAUUGGUAUGGAUUAGGUUCAAUGUAAUGUACUGGGUUAAUACCCUAUCUGAGAUUGGUAUAGAUUAGGUUCAAUGUGAUGUACUAGGUUAAUAUCCUAUCUGAGAUUAUAGAGGAGGUUCAAUGUAAUGUACUAGGUUAAUAUCCUAUCUGAGAUUAUAGAGGAGGUUCAAUGUAAUGUACUGGGUUAAUAUCCUAUCUGAGAUUGGUAUGGAUUAGGUUCAAUGUAAUGUACUGGGUUAAUACCCCAUCUGAGAUUGGUAUGGAUUAGGUUCAAUGUAAUGUACUGGGUUAAUACCCUAUCUGAGAUUGGUAUAGAUUAGGUUCAAUGUAAUGUACUAGGUUAAUACCCUAUCUGAGAUUGGUAUAUAUUGGGUUCAAUGUAAUGUACUAGGUCAAUAUCCUAUCUGAGAUUAUAGAGGAGUUUCAAUGUAAUGUACUAGGUUAAUAUCCUAUCUGAGAUUGGUAUGGAUUAGGUUCAAUGUAAUGUACUGGGUUAAUACCCUAUCUGAGAUUGGUAUGGAUUAGGUUCAAUGUAAUGUACUGGGUUAAUACCCCAUCUGAGAUUGGUAUGGAUUAGGUUCAAUGUAAUGUACUAGGUUAAUAUCCUAUCUGAGAUUAUAGAGGAGGUUCAAUGUAAUGUACUGGGUUAAUAUCCUAUCUGAGAUUGGUAUGGAUUAGGUUCAAUGUAAUGUACUGGGUUAAUACCCCAUCUGAGAUUGGUAUGGAUUAGGUUCAAUGUAAUGUACUAGGUUAAUACCCUAUCUGAGAUUGGUAUGGAUUAGGUUCAAUGUAAUGUACUGGGUUAAACCAUAUCUGAGAUUAUAGAGGAGGUUCAAUGUUAUGUACUAAGUCUAGGAUAAACUAAUUGUUUAUUUUUCAAUAACUGUAAACACAUUUGAUAUAUCCUGUGAAGGAGUUGUUCAUGUUAUUCAAUUAAUGAAUUUACAGAUAUUCAUUUUUUGUAACUAGAUAUUUUAUACUGAUAUAGAUAUUAAUGGUUUGUAACUAGAUAUUUUAUACUGAUAAAGAUAUUAAUGGGUUGUUACUAGGUCUAUUCUACUAACACAGAUAUUGUAUUUUUCUACAAUACUUUCAACCGGUCUGUCGUUUUAUUAAUUAAUAAAUGACGGCUUCUGAAGAA